CGUUGUGAUGUAUAUGGUAUACACCUGCCAGGUAGCUAGCUAGCUUUGCAUAUUGAAGAAUAAAACACUGAACCUAGAGAUGAAGAAAUGUACAGUAGUAAAUCUGGACAAGUUUAUUGAUCAUUUCACUCAUCUGGAACAGGUAACUUUAACAAAGUAGGAGGACAACUAGUUCUUCAGGUAGAAAAUUACAGAGCUCAAGGGAAAAAACAACAUAUUGGAGAUCAAGUUGGAUGAGACCAACAGAGUUCUGAAAUUUUCUCAGACCAAAGAGAAGUGCUUGAUUGAGGAGCGAGAUGGGAUGUUGGGGACCGUGAAGGGACUCCAGCAGACUCUACUGCAGCAGUGUGACCUCAGAGUGGAGAAUGAAAAGUUGAAAAGCACUGUGUCAGACCUGAAAAGGCAGAAUGAUAGGACAUUAGAGGAGCGGGAAGCUGAGAUUCAGAGGCUGGUGGCGGAGAUGAGAGCUGUGGGAGAGAGAUAUCAGAAGGAGUUGGAAUCUCUGAGAGACCAGUGCAGGAAAGGGGUGGAGGACACUCACAGAGAAACACAGAGCAAACUUGAGGCGAAAGAUGCAGAACUGAAAGAGGCCCUGGAGAGGAAGGAGUCAGAUAUGGCAGAGAUGAGAAGGAGAAUGAGGGACCAGGAGAGAGAGAGGCAAAGUGAAAUAUUAAAGUUACAAAUGGAGUUUGGUGCUAAGCUUGCCAGGGUGCAGAGUACCACACAGAGGAUCCAGCAGCAGCCCCAGGGCUCAGGUCUUUUACCUCAGAACAUCUUCAAACGGAAGUUCCAGUUCCUUCAGGAGGAGAAGAACAGAGAGGUCGAGGCCCUGCGCCAGAGAAUCAAGGAAUUGGAGAAGCAGCACGCCAGCGGAUUCAGUGACUCCCGUCUAAAGAGAAAGAAGAUUUAGCAUAUUUAAAAUUAGCAGGAGUGAAAUUCAUCUACAGUAGUGCCUUUGUAUUCUUUUUGGUUUAGUGUUCCUGGUGUUUGCUCUCAAACAGUAGUUGGGUCAUUCUACAAAAUGAGUGCUUUUUCAUUGUUUAAAUAGAAAUUGUGCACCAAUAUUGAAUUUUAAAAGCCUGUUAUAUUAAUUUAAGUGCCCUUUAAUAUAGACCACAUGGAGAAUUCAAUAAAUCCGAUUUUUUUAUAUGA